AUAAUGAUAUCUUUGUUAUGCAACCAAAAUGUUGAGUUAUCACUAGAGCAUGAUAUUGUUUACAAAGUAGGUCAUACAACACAGAUUGUCCACAGAUCUGACAGGUCAUAUGACACUCAAUGUACACAAAUCUGGUUAUAUGAUACAUACCAUAAAGGUCAUAUGACAAAAAGUGUACACAAAUCAGGUCAUAUGACACUCAAUGUACACAAAUCUGGUUAUAUGAUACAUACCACAAAUAAAGGUCAUAUGACAACAAAAAGUGUACACAAAUCAGGUCAUAUGACACUCAAUGUACAUAAAUCAGGUUAUAUGAUACAUACCACAAAUAAAGGUCAUAUGACAAAAAGUGUACACAAAUCAGGUCAUAUGACACUCAAUGUACACAAAUCAGGUUAUAUGAUACAUACCAUAAAUAAAGGUCAUAUGACAAAAAGUGUACACAAAUCAGGUCAUAUGACACUCAAUGUACACAAAUCAGGUCAUAUGAUACAUACCAUAAAUAAACCAGGUCAUAUCACAAAAAGUGUACACAGAGCAGAUUGUUUGACAGACUGUACAUACACAAAUUAGGUCAUUUUGCACACAGAC